CUGCUUUAUUCCUACUGGAAAAUUUUGACAACUGUCAUUUGUCACCCAUUUGCGUUUUUAUUUGGGGAAAAUACUAUUGAAAAUUCUUGCAAAUAUAUCUACUCUGACAAAAAUGUUAUAAUAUACGCUUUCGAAGUACCAUACGUAAGGCGGAACUAUCAUCAAACAUACCCACCAAAUUGUUUGUUACUAUGAAAUAUCACUGAACCUCAUAGAAUGAGCACAAAUCCUAACCAGGCACCAACUGCCUCCCGAGUGACAUCGAGCCCUAACCAAAGCAAAAUUCCUGAGCAAAGACCUGCCGCUGCUGUACAAAGCAAAGAAUCCGCCCGAUAUUGUUGGGUGUGCUUUGCAACAGAUGAGGAAGACAGAGAAGCUGCAUGGGUGCAACCGUGCAACUGCAGAGGAACCACGAAAUGGGUCCACCAAACAUGUUUGCAGCGAUGGGUGGAUGAGAAACAGAAAGGUGGCAAUAUGGGCAAGGUAAUAUGUCCCCAAUGUCAAACAGAAUAUAUCAUAGUCUUUCCAAACAUGGGUGUUCUGGUGCUCAUCCUAGAUACUGUAGAUAGCUUUAUUUAUAAAGGGUGUCCCUUUUUGGCUGCUGGGGUUGUUGUUGGGGCAAUCUAUUGGUGUGGUGUGACAUUUGGAGCUAUCACAGUGAUGCAGGUAAUAGGUCAGAAAGAAGGAUUGGCUAUAAUGGAGCAAUCAGAUCCCUUAGUUUUACUGAUAGGACUACCAGCUAUUCCUGUAGCUCUUUGUUUGGGGAAGAUGAUCACAUGGGAAGAUGCUCUAUUGAGUUUUAUGAGGAAGAAUGUGUCAAAAAUUCCAGUAAUUCGCAAUUUAUUUCCAUUCAGCCCCUGUGUUUACAGAGUUGAUGCAGGCACAAACACAGAUGCAAGCAAUGAAGAAAUACCGUCAAUGUCAAAUCCAGUUUCUGCGACCAGAGUGCUAUGCGGAGCUUUACUCAUGCCUACAAUCGCUAACAUGUUUGGCAAAUUUUUCUUUGACUCUGUGAAAUCUAACUUUCACCGAACAAUUUUAGGAGGGCUUACGUUUAUUGCUAUAAAAGGAUGUUUAAAAAUUUACCACAAACAGCAACAAUACAUUAGGCAAUGUCAGAGGAAAAUUUUAGACUACACAGAAUCAAAUAUAUCGACAUACUUGCAUAAUAAUAGACAAAAUGAAUAAAAUGCUAUGAUUAUAAACAUUGCUACAAAUAAAUAUUAAAGUGAAUAUAUAGUUUUGAAAAGUUACGUUAUUUGUACAGUUGUAAUUAUUUUUAAUAUGUCUGGGUGAUUGUUAAAUGGAUAUUGAUGGUUAUUUACCUGUAUUUUAUUAUUAGGCUAUUCUUAUAAUUAAAUUUUUUCAUUAGUACAUCUGUUUCAAUUAUCUAUUAUUAUUACUAUUCCUUUAUGUGUCUAAU